AUGGGAGUGAACAGCAAGGCUGCGGACCUGCACAGCAGCGGCCUGUACACCGGCGCCCCGCUGGCGAAUUUCACGCGCGGCGCGGAGCUGCGGGACGGGCGGAAGCUGGGCUGCGACGAGGUCUUCCGGACCAUCCUGGACUCGCUCUCGCUGCAGUUCCAGCAGCAUGUGAACGGGCGCGGCCCGCAGCGGUGGUUGCUGUCUCAGGCCAGCCUGCUGCCACACCCGGUGACGGGGCAGCCGUGCAUCGUGCUCGUCCAAGUUGACGUGUCUGAGGCGAAGCAGAUGUGCGACGUGCACGCGGCCACGGAGGAGCGCAUGCGCGAGCGCAUGCAGGCGCUCCAGCGGAAGCUCGUGCGCGCGGUCACAGAGGCGGAGGCGCUACGGCACGUGGUCGACCGCCUGCAGGCGCAGGUCCUGGGGUUGAGGCGGCAGAUGCAGGCCGCCGGCCUCACUCCCGACCUUCCACUGGAUGAGUCGAUCCUGCGGCCUUCGCCGCAUCAGGACGUCUAUGCUGCGAUGCUGACGAGCAUCCAGGACUCGCACCCUCUGCUGCGAGACCCUCUGCUAUCCCCCGACGCCUCAUCUUUGACCGCCGGCGCCGCCGCCACGGGCGGCGCCGGCGGCGAGAGCAGCGGCCUCAGCGGCGCCGCGUCUGCGCGCGCGGCGGCGGCGGCGGCGGCGGCGGCGGGCGGCUCGGGGGCGGGGCGCCGCCCGCCCGCAAUUUCACAGGCCAAGGCGACGGUCGACGCCGCCGUGUACCGCGCCGGGUUCGAGAAAGCCAUCGGGGACGCCGCGGAGCAAAAGGCCGCGAUGGAUAAAAUGGCAGCCAGCGCGACCGCGACCACGGCGUGCUACGAGAAGCUGGUGGGCAGCUACCGGGAAGCCGCGGGCCGUUCCGCUGCCUCUGGUCUUCUCCUGGGGUCUUCUCGGCUGCCGCUGAGCCUGGGACCAAAGGGCGCAUACACGCACAGCCACGACAGCGCCGGGUGCCCGCCUUGA